UCGGUCACACUUCUGCGCGCCAGAAGAAUUUGUUUUGUUUUUAUUUUGUUUCUUGUGAAAUUAAUUAAUUGUUUGCCAUGUAUCGCAAGUAUAAGAAGCGGCCGCAGAAGGCCCUCAACACAAUCGACGAGAACACCACCAUCAAAGUGCCCCGUCAGGAGGAUACCACUGCGGAUGUUUCGGCAGAGUCCACGGGUAGCGGGAGCGAGGAGAACAUACCUGCCUCGCAGGAGCACACCCAGCGCUUCCUCUCGCAGCACAGCGUUAUCCUGGCCGCCACCUUAGGGCGCACGCAGUCCUCCGGCCGGAACAUCCUGAGUCUCUCCCGGCAACCAAACAACUUCUUCGAACUGGUUUUGAUACGAGCCGGUGUCCAGUUGGACCAGGGCGACAGCCUGGUUCUGGCCUGCGACCAUGUGUCCAUUGUGUCCAAGCUGCGAGACAUUUUCAUGAGCGCCUCGUCCUACACGGACAAGGUGGAGACCUUUAAGACGGGCCUGAAUGCAGCGAUGGCGCCCAAGUCCAAGCUGGUGCAGAAGCUUCUCACCGGAUGCACUGUGGACGCCUCUGGGGAGGAACAGAUUUACCAGUCCCAGAACAGCAUGUUCAUGAACUUCCUUAUGAUCGACUUCCUGCGGGAUCCCUGCGUGGAGGUGCUGUUAAACAAGAUCGAGGAGGUGGCAACUGCAGACCGCGUACUCACUGGGAAGGCGGCCAUCCCCCUGCCGUUGUUGCCGCUGAUGCUGGCUCAACUGCGCUACCUGACCGCCUCGCACAAAGAGCAAAUCUACAACCGCAUCGAAGGCAUCUUUAACAGGGCCACGGAUGCGGCCAAGUUGGAUAUCAUAGCCAGUGCUGAGUUGAUACUGGAUGCCAGUAUGCACGAUGAAUUUGUUCAACUACUCAUCAUUAAUUACUCGAGAACUGAAGACCUGUUCCACAUGACUACGGUGCACACUCUAAGCAAUCUAUCGCUCUCCGAAAGCACCCAGGAGAGGCUACGUCUGCGUAUUUUAGAGUAUGCCACAAGUGGUGAAUGCCCAGAUACAACCUUGGCGCACCUCAUAAGGCUCAUGCUCAACAUUUUGAAAAUGGACACGGACGACAGUGUGCGCGAUUUGAUCAUCAAACUGCGAGAAAUCUUUAACUGGCGUCACAUGGUUCAUAGGGACAACACUUCGGCACCAGUUGAAGACAAAAAGUCGCAGCUGGAGCUCUUUGGCUUCUUGGAGCUCGGCCUGAUACGUUCCAAGAGAUUUUAUCAGACAUGGCAGAGAACCGCUGCUAGUUUGCCCGCAGAGGGAUUCACUUCCUUUGAGUUAAUUGUUUUACUGCUGCUAAUACAUGUGAACGAAGAUAAUUCCUUGUACAUUGAAAAUAUACUUCGUCGUCGUAUCAAGCUGGAGCACAUUACGGUUAACAUUUUGGAGGAAGUAAAACUGCAUUAUAAGCACAUACUGGAGCAGCAUAUAAGCACACUUAUGCACAUCCUGCACGACUUUAUGCGCGAGAAAAACCGAAUUGUGUCCGACUUUGCAAAGUCCUCAUAUAGUAUACUUUUCAAGAUAUUCAACUCGAUACAGAAAAAUAUCUUAAAGAAGCUGCUAGAGCUCACCUGCGACAAAUCAUCGCCUCACUUGACAACCAUGGCGCUGGAGUUGCUACGCGACCUGCAGUGUAAGAGCGCCAAAGAUGUGCAAAACUGUGCCACACUCCUCAUUCCCAUGCUGGACCGGAUUAGUGACUUGACUCUGACGCAAACUCGCGUUGCCAUGGACCUACUCUGUCAUGUGGCGUUCCCAGAUCCUAAGCUAACUGGCUGCCUGCAGCUACAGGAGCAGGUCGAUAUGGUGGUGAAGAAGCAACUGAUCAACUCAACAGACAAUAUCAAGAAACAGGGUAUUAUUGGCUGUGUGCAGCUGAUCGAUGCUCUGGCGCGCAUCCAGAUCGAUGAUGUGGAGUUUGACGAUUCUUUUACGAGCGUGGAAAAUGUGGAUUCCCUGCCAGAUGGACGCGGCAAACUGGCUGCCAACUUGAUAACUCGCACCGAAGCAUCUAUAGGGAACAGCGCCGAGUCCUUGGCCCUCUUCUAUGAAGAACUGGCGACGGUUCUCAGUCAGCGCCAUGACGGCACCACCGUCUGUGGUCCAGAUUAUCAAUUUAUUGCCUGGGCCUGUGAGCUAAUAACAUUUCGCUUUCAGAACAGCUUUGUCACCGAAGACCUGGCCGAGACAGUAAAGGGCAUUAAGCUGGAAUAUCAAUUAAACAUUAAUGAAUUGGACGACACAAAUGUUCACACCGACACGGAGGUCCUCAGCAUUGGCGUAAACAUAUCCAAACUGGUAUUGUUGCCCAAAGCCAAAGCCUGCGAUUCGAUAUAUGUUUUAGCGCCGCUCUUUAACUGUGUCAGGGCCCUGAACAACCAUCGCCAUCACUACAGUCUGGAACAGAUAAAUGCCUUGCUUGGAUGCGCUAUCGUGUUGCCUGCCUUCUUUGAGGACGACAACUAUCUGGCCAUUUUUGACAACUACCGGGACGACCAGCAGAAUGACAUUCUGAGCAUAUAUUUCCACACAGUCAACUGGAUGCGGGUGACGAUCAGUGCGUUCGCAGCGCAACGGGAUCCCGCCACUCGACGUCGGGUUCUUAUGAGACUUGGCGAACUAAUACGUAUUGAGCAGAGGAUUAAGCCGCUCUUGGCUCGAGCACCGCCUGACUUCGUGGCACCGCCUUACCAGUUCCUAACCAAUGUCAAAGUCCAGAAACGUCCAGGACCACCAAAGGCGUCUGCUAAAGCCAACGCCCCAGUGGUUGAACCAGACGCUAAUCAAACCACGAUGACAGAUUUUUCGAUCAAGGUAGCACCCUGCAGGGCCAUUAAACCGAAGAUCGACUUUGAGCAGAUGUAUGGGCCGCGGGAGAAGUAUAGGCCCAUGGAAGUGGGCAUCAUUAUGCUGUUGGUUGAGCAGAAGUUCGUCCUAAGUUAUCCACUGGAGAAGGAACAGGUUGGCGAGUUCUUGGGAUUGCUAGAACUGCGUUUUCUAUUAGAGGAUAUGGUACUCAAACUAGAAGCUGCAGUCAAUGGGCAGCAGGACUCUUCCGAUACGGACAGCCUGAGGCUGCAUUUGGCGAAGCCAGAGGACUUUAUAUGUGAUUUACUUCCCUGUCUGCUUGAGGUGAACAAUCACCUCAGAACCUUGGCAGAAGCCAUCGACACACAAUUGGUGAAAGUCAAUCAUGUUUACAGCAAUCUGGAUCUGUUUAAGGAGGAAUUCAACUACAUACGAACCUGUUUUGGGCUCUGCAUUCGCCUUUUUGCCCUUUACUUUGCCUGGAGCGAGUGGAUGGAUAAGUCUCAAGCUGAGUUGCUGCACAAGUCACUAUAUCAACUACAUCCCAAGGAACAGUGGGCGGUACUUAAGAAGAAAAGCAUUCCACGCCUGGCCACUGUCACAUUCGAAUACUUUCUAAAGUAUGAGAAAUCGGUUUUGAAUCUAAGUACAGCGGUUCAACUGCAUAGAUUGCUGUGCUGCCUACUAAAGUUGGGAAGUGCCCGAUUUAAUACUAGCCAACCUAGCUUUCAGCAUGCCCAGGAUUCGCCAGGCGCACUUUGCAACAAGCUGCUGCGACGUAAAUGGUUUCACCAUUCUGGAACAGUGGAUAAGGGUGCGCAGUGUAAUACCUAUCUGGACGAGCUAGUCAAGGGCUUCUUCAAAAACUCCACACCUGAAGAUCAGAGCAAGCUUUUGGCACAGUUGGUUGAGGAAUGUGCGAUUCUUAAUACCAAGGACAAGGCUUUGAAUUCCUUCCCAAACUUCAAGAAAGCCAACUUCCCACUGCUGUUUCGUGGACUGUGCGAGGUGCUCAUUCACUCGCUAAGUGCCCAUCUUAGCGUGGACAAAAAAGGAGAUCACCUGCAACUCUGGGAGUCCACGGUGGACUUAUUAAACGGCCUGCUUAGAAUUGUUCAGCUUGUUGAACAACCAAGAAAUUUUGGACUAUUUCUAAAGCACUCGCAAAUAUUUCUCAAGCUGCUGCUUCAGCAGGGAAUGUCAGCCCUGGAAUCUAUUGUUCGGCAGGAUCCCGAACGCCUUACAAAGUUCCUGCACGAAUUGCAGAAGGUGACCAGGUUCCUGCACCAGCUCUGCUGCCAUUCAAAGUUUAUUAAAAAUACAGCCAUCAUCAGCUACAUUCCCACCUUACGAGAGACGAUCGAGACGCUGGUGUUUCGGGUGAAAGCCCUCCUAGCUGCCAACAAUUGUCACUCGGCCUUCCACAUGGGUAAUAUGAUAAACAGAGAUUUGCACGGUGAUUCCAUCAUCACGCCAGUCAGUUCAUUCGCUGGCGAGGAGAACAGCGAUGAAGAAAUACCCGAAGACGAUACCAGUGUCGAUGAGACAGUGCUGGGAGACAACAUCACCGCCAUUAGUAUCAGUACAAGACCAAGCGAUGGCAGCCGGCGAAGCAGUAAGUCUACAUCACGCAGUAAAUGCUUUUAAAACUAUGCAUUUUUUGAAUUUAAUGGUACAAAUAAAUCAUU